AUGUCUGAUAAAGCAGGAGAUGUAUGGGACACAGCUAAUGAGAAUGGAACCCAUCAAAUAUUGGAGGAAAGUGAUACGAAUCUAGAGCUGAAAGAGAACUCUGGGAAUCAUGAUGUCUCCAAAAAGCAGGAGCGAAACCAGCUCGAUAAAGGUCGCAGUAAAUCCAUUCCUUACCGUAGUGGUAACUACUACGAAGCAGUUCAGGAUGGCAAGAGAAGGACGGAAUGCUCUAGAUGCGCGAAAAGCUUUGCUAGCAUAGCAACCCUUAAAGCACACUGGAAUAUCCACACAGGGGAGAAACCGUACGACUGCCUGCAGUGUGGAAAGAGAUUCAGUCAAAGCUCGGCCCUUAAGGUGCAUCAAAGAACCCACACAGGGGAGAAACCAUAUAAAUGUUUGGACUGUGGAAAGAGCUUUAUUCUGAAGUCAAGCCUUACUAUGCAUCAAAGAACUCACACCGGAGAGAAACCAUAUAAGUGUUUUGAAUGUGGAAAGGCAUUCGCUUACAGUACCUACCUCAUUGUGCAUCAAAGAAUCCACACAGGAGAAAAACCUUAUAAGUGUUUUGAAUGCGGAAAGGCAUUCGCAUACAGUACCUACCUCAUUGUGCAUCAAAGAAUCCACACAGGAGAAAAACCAUAUAAAUGUCUGGAAUGUGGGAAGAGGUUUUGUAUGAAGUCAAACCUUACUGUUCAUCAAAGAACCCACACGGGAGAGAAACGGUUUAAGUGUUUAGAGUGUGGAAAGAGGUUUCCUGAAAGGUCACAUCUCAUUAGACAUCAAGCAAUUCAUGUAAGGGAGCGAACAUUUCAUUUCCACAAGUCUGGAAAGGGCUUCAGGCAGAGCGUACAACAAAGAAACCACAAGGGUGAAAAAAUGUAUAAAUGUUUGGAAUGUGGAAAGAGCUUUGUGCAAAGUACAAAUUUCAUUAGACAUCAAGUAACCCACACAAGCGAGAAACCAUAUACAUGCGUAGAAUGUGGGAAGAGUUUUUUGCAAAGCACAAACCUCAUCAUUCAUCAAAGAACCCACACGGGUGAGAAACCAUAUACGUGUCUGGAAUGUGGAAAGAGAUUUACGCAGACCUCAAGCCUUGCUAUCCAUCGAAGAAUACACACGGGAGAUAAAUUAUACGAAUGUCUGGAAUGUGGAAAAAAGUUCACAACAAAGGCAAACUACAUUAAACACCAACUACUCCACGCAGGGGAGAAACCAUAUAAAUGCCUGGAAUGCGGAAGGAGCUUUAGCUUGAGCAAAAGACUUACUGACCAUCAAAGAACCCACAAAGAGGUGAAGCCCUUUAAAUGCUUAGAUUGUGGAAAAAGCUUCUGUCACAGCAUAAGUCUGAAGAGACAUAAAAACGUGCAGACAGGGGAAUGUAAAAAGGGCUUUAGUCAGAUACAGAAUGAUAAAAAAACCAAGAAGAAACCAUAUCAAUGCCUGGAGUGCCGAAGUUGCUUCAGCCACAACUCAAACCUUGUUAGACAUCAACUCAUCCACACAGGGGAGAAGCCAUUUAAAUGCCAGGAAUGUGGAUCUGGCUUCAGCCAGCACUCAAACCUUAUGAGACAUGUGCUUGUUCACACUAGGGAAAAACAAUAGAUAUGCUUAGCCUUGGGGGAAGCUCUUGUCCGUGAAUAAAGUUUUCAUGUGGGUAGGUUGUCUAAAUGCUUAGGCUGUU